UGUGAUGAUUUGUUGAUCGUGUAUUCCAUAGAUGGAUUAGUUAGGUCUGAAUCCCAGCACAGGCCCGGAAGUUGUUUGGGAUUUCAGGUAAAAGAUCCCGGAGAUGCUGCCUUCGCCCGAGAAAACAAACAGUGCUCCUGUUAUAUAAAUACAGCAACCAGAGUCGAUCGCCAGGCAGCUGGUGUGAGAAUGAAUGCUGACGAUUGCAAUGGCCGUUCUUACAUGUCAGGCAGCGGAGAUUCUUCAACAGAACGGGAGUUUUUUGCAGGGCUAAGGGGACCUACAGUGAGCACUCCUAACAGUCAGCACUCCUCUCCCAGUCGCUCCGUCAGUGCAAAUUCCAUCAAAGUGGAGCUCUACAGCGAUGAAGAAGCAGGUAGUGCCCCACUUGCAGAGAGAGGAGGAGGAGAGAGGGAUGAAGGAUGGAAGCAGGAUAAGGGGGACAUCGCUGAGGAGGUUGGCGGUGAGGUUGGAGGAGAGGUUGGAGGAGACAUGGGCGGAGGAGUGCUCGGUCAGGGAGGCAGCGGUUCACCUGGACCCAUUCGGCUCCCUAAUGGGAAACUGAAGUGUGAUAUAUGCGGGAUGAUCUGCAUUGGCCCUAAUGUUCUGAUGGUACACAAACGCAGCCAUACAGGCGAGCGGCCAUUCCAGUGUAACCAGUGUGGCGCGUCCUUCACGCAGAAGGGCAACCUGCUGCGCCACAUCAAGCUCCACUCCGGUGAAAAGCCCUUCAAAUGUCCCUUCUGUAACUACGCCUGCCGCCGCCGUGACGCGCUCACAGGACAUCUCCGCACACACUCCGUUUCCUCUCCAACUGUGGGGAAACCCUAUAAGUGCAGUUACUGUGGUCGCAGCUACAAGCAGCAGAGCACACUGGAGGAGCAUCGCGAGCGCUGCCACAGCUACCUACAGAGUCUGGACCACCAGCCUGCCCACAGCACGCAGUCUACACAGGGUGAGGAAUGUCGUAACAUGGAUGUGAUGGCUGACCCUCUGAUCCAGCCUUUGUCAGAAAAGAUGACCUUCAUUGAACGGGUGGCUAACAGCAUCACUAAAAGGAAGCGCUCCACACCUCAGAAGUUUCUGGGAGAAAAGCACAUGCGACUGAACAUGUCCGAUGCACCUUAUGAGAUCAACUCCAGCCCAGAGAAAGAGCGCGAUGUGCUGGGUUCUCAUGCUGGAAGUGACCCUGCUGCUUUAGCUGUUAUGGGAAGCCGCUACCUCCGCAACCCCCGAGGAGGAAGCGAAGAGGUUGAGUCUCCUCGCUCCCUGCGCCUGCCUCCUCCUCACCCGGCCUGUGUGUCCGAGUUUACCCCUGUCAUCAGCUCCGUCUAUGGCCACAUCACACCCCUGGGCCAGCGGCUGAACUGUGCAGGGGGCAUCAACAUGGUACUGCCUGGGCGAGAGGCAGGUGAGGGCCACGAAGACGUGCCCUCAGGGCGCAGCCACGCUGCCUCGCCCAGCAAUGGCUGCCAGGACUCCACGGAUAACGAGAGCACGACAGAGGAGCAAGGCAUCGGCCCUGGCGCUGCCAACCACCGAGGACGCGAGCGCCACAGUCCUAGUCACGCCAAAGAAACAGAAGUGGAAGGGGAGCGAGACAGAGGGAGCGUACCGGCUAAGGGGAGCCCUCGUUCUCCGCCCUCGUCCAGUUUGGCCGUGCAGGUGGUGGACGGCGAGGGGCGGCCGGUGCGCUCGUUCCGCUGCGAGCACUGUCGCAUCUUCUUCCUGGACCACGUCAUGUUCACCAUCCACAUGGGCUGCCAUGGCUUCCGCCAGCCUUUCGAAUGCAACAUCUGCGGCCACCGCAGCCAGGACCGCUACGAGUUCUCCUCGCACAUUGUCCGAGGAGAGCACCAAGUGGGCUGAACCACUUGGGAGUGGGGGUGGGAGGGUUGGCACGCAGGCAGGACGGGUAUUUCAUAGUGGGAAAGAAGAAGGUAAGGAGGGACGUACGCUGCUUUCAGAUGAUACGGAGUCCAGUUUGGUCUGCACCAGAUCAGGAGGGGGGACAUACUGAGCACUUGCUUUUAGUAUUAGUGAACAGCAGGCUUUCAAUUUCGAAGGCUAACUGGCAUAGGCGCACAGGGAGUAUUGCCUGUGCUUAAAGAAAUCAAAUUUAGAGGAGUUUGAUUAGAACCGUGGGACUGAAUCCCACUCUCUGAUUGAACUCCCAAAUCAGUUAUUUGGCAAGACGCAGCUGUUUUGCUUUAGAAGUGCCUUUCUUCAGUGGGGUUUACCUUUUCUGGGUUAGAUAGAGAAAUUUGGUGCUCGAGCAUGCUGCAGCAGGAGGCUGUGGUCAGCGAAAUCUUGCCAGCAGCAUUUCCGUACUGCAUUUUAGAGGUUGUGAUGAGUGUAUGAGUUUGUGUGAGUGACCUGAGAGAGUGAAACGAGAUCCACAGCUGUAGUAUAGUCUAAAGUGUACAGACUUUGUGUUCGGACUCCUUUUAUGGUCAUUUUAAGGGUCUGUGGAAUUUAGAGGACUCAGGGAGGACACAGGGGACUGAAGGAAAGAACUAUGAAGUAGCAGCAUGAGCUGCAGGCCUCUAUAAGACUCAGAGAAAGAGGAGAUCUGUGUGUUAGCCAUAUAAACGGAGCACACACACACAUUGCCUUAAGUAGUUGCUUUAUAUUAUCCCUGCGUUAUCUAGUUGAUUUGAGUAUGCUGUUUAAUGUUGUGGUUUCGGGAGGCACCAUAAACCCCGUCUUUAAAGCUGAGAGGACACAGCACUCAUUAGGUGGUUUUAAGAAUUAGGCCAGGUCUUAGAGAGUAUAUAUCUAAAUUUGUUCAUGCUAAAUGUCUUAUUUAAAUAGAAAUUAACUUGAAGAAAAAUUUUGCCUUAGUUUUGGAGCGUACCGCAGUGGAUAACCUUGGUCCUCCUCAAUUCUUGGACUUGCUGGUUUCCUUUGUGCCUCAGAACUCGAUUGUUGUUUUUAUCUAGAUAGACCUCACCUCAGUGGCGAUGAUAAAGUUCAUUGCAAUUGCUCUUCAGGACUGUAGAGGAGUGUUUUGCAUCAUUCUUGCAGUACAAAGUCCCCCUUAUAUCCAGCCUGUGCAACAAACCUGUUAUUGAAACAAUUGCCUAGCUUUAGUCAAUGAGGUACGUUUGUUAGAGUUUUUCAAAACAUGGGCUAAAUGCUGCAUACUAGGCAAUUGCAAACGGGUGUAACACACCACAGCGCAGCAAAUGGAGCCUUAAUGUGCUGGUGCAGAUCAAACAAAGACCCAUAUUGCAUUCUGUGACUCUGAUGAACGAUAAGGAGGGGUUGAUACCUCGGAGGAAGUUUGCACUUUUCUAACUCUCUGCUUAAAUGUGAGUGUUUUCGCUGGGGCUGUCGGGUUGGGCAGGCAGAUGGGGAUAGGGUGGGGUGGGGUGGGUUCGGGUUUGGUGGGGCUCUUCUUAAAGGCUUUUGGAGAUCCUACCUUACUCAAUGGUGACUGAGCUUUGGAACAUAUUCUUUUGCUUUCUGAAAUUGCUCGAUUGCACUGAUUUCUGAUAAAAAUGCUAUUUAGGGAAAAUAAGUACAAAUUUGAUACUAUGUAGGUUAUAAAGACAAACAGUGUGUUGUUUUUAAAGUUCUAUAAAUACUAUUUUCCUAAUGAAAGGAAUUGUCACAAAGGGUUUCAGAGCAGAAAAUUCUCCUUGUGUUGUAAAAUCGGUGCUUGAUUGUUCGUGUGGCUUCUGCCCUUAAUAUUGGCCUUGUAUCCUGUACGCUUGUCCUGUGUGAACAUGUCGCAUAUGAUUAACGUUAUCAAGGUACACUUCACUCCCGAAGGCAACAGAUUGCCGCGGGACAGGAGUAAAACUAUUAUUGCAGAAUUUUGUACCGUCCUGCCAAGAUAUCGCGGCCUGUUUUAGUCCUUUCUUGCACAAAGUGAGAUAAAGCACCAAUGAACAAAUUUUGAGAAUAUCAAAGAGUUUGUUGUUUGAGGUUCGUUCGGUAACGCCUUUUCAAUCGUGGACAGUGCUUAAGGAUACUUGGAUGUUGUAGCAUGUUUGUCACUCGGCGUUUGUGAAGAUGGUCGGCUAUUUCCCAAACCUGCUUAUGUGUGAUCCCCUGAUCUAGUGUUCUAGACUUCCUGCUAGCUGAAAUGCAUCCGGAGACCUCGUAAUCUUAAUGUGUGUUUGGAUCCAUGCCAGUGAAAGCCUCCAGAAUGAAUGAGUUCAGAAGUAGACUCUCAAUGAGACCAAAACCAGUAUUUCCUCUACAACGUUAAGUCGAUAGCUUUGCACCCUUCAGAGCUGAAGAGAAUUCAUCCUCCUCCUACCAAACGUAAAAAUGUACUUGAAGAUAUUUAAGAAACAAAAUAUCAAAUAUAUGAUACUUAACAAUGCACUUAAUGGUUGAAAUGAAUUUAUGUAAAUAAGUACAUGGUAUGUAUGAGUGAGAAGGUAGCAUGUGUGCUUAUUUGUUUUGCUGGAAAUCUGGAACUGUUCAGCUUGUAUAUCGGCUGCAAAUUUUCCCCCACGUUCCUCCACCACAGCCUCUCUGUUUGUUUUCUCCCCCAAAAGUUUCUUUCCCCAACCCUUAUGUGUGAUGAACUUAAAUGAAUAUUUUUAAAUGAACUGUGAAGCAACCAUCACAAGCAAGUGCGAGAGUGUGAGCAUUUUCGUGAGGCAGGGAUUACACUCCCUUUCAUACUUACAGGCUUUCUCCUGGGCUCAAUGUUUUUAAAGGCUUUGUGAAAAAAAAAAUGUAUAUGACAAAGAAAAAACUCUUUACCUCAAAUUUGUUAAAAUAAAAAAACUGCCUCAUGUUCUUUAAAAAGGUGUGUUGGUUUCAAGAGGUGUUGUCUGGUUUUGUUUUUAAGGAGUGACCCAGCAUUCAGUUGAAGUAAUUUUUCAUGUCCAAUAAAGUAAUGUUUGUCGUAUCUCCUGUCCACUUAAACAUCUCAGCUAUUGUUUUCCACUUUGCCUUUUGUGGUGUUGUGAUCUUUGAUCUCCAUGAGAUACGUGGAAAAGUGCAAAAUGACUGAAGACCAUAAUUUGCAAAACAGCUGACAUCUGGAAAUUAAGUUUUGCUGUCUUUUAAAUCACAAAUUGACAGAUUAAAUGAGAUUCUCACAGUAUUCUCAUAGCCAGGCAUGGACAAGUAAUUUUGUGCUUAUUAUUAUUAUUAUUAUUUUUUUUUACUUUGAUUCUAUAUUCAGAAAGAGUGGGGAAAAAACCUAAGCAACAUCUAAACCCAAAACAUCCCACUAUUUUCUGGUUCUGCUUAGCACAUCCCUGUAGCACUAAAAAUUUUUCAUCCAAAAAAUUGCUUUGGUAUGUUGAAAUGUUGAAGCGUAUUAGUUUUUUUCUCCAGGAAAUUUGAUUAUGCAAACAUUUCUAUUGAAAUAAUUUAAUGGAAAUGAGGUGCAGCAAAAAACUUUUUUUGGUCAGAAGUCAGUGGUCAAGAGCUGAAUGCCGUGAUGUGGUUUAUCUCAUCAUUUUAGCUUUAAACCACUGCAAUCAAGCCGUGACCCUUCAAUUAAAAAAGCGGUUUUAUUCACUAGCUUCACUAUUUUCAGAAAUGAAGCUUUUGUCUCAUUUUCACAGUGCUGGUGAGAAGUACCGCCACCACAGUAAUGUACAGUCAUCAAGUUGAAUAUUUUGCUGAUUAAAAGUCACCUCAAACCCUGAGGGAAUCUGACACUGAUUCAGAUGAGCAUGCAUUCAUUUCCAAAAGAAA